UUCACACACUGCAAUACCAAAUCACUUCUUUGCUUUGAAAAACACUCUCAUUUCUUACUUGUUUCCUUAAACAUUUCUUUUUUCUUUCCCCUUUUCCUAGCUCACUGAGAUCAUGGCUCCUAUUAUCACCCCAGCUGCUGCAAAUGCCACCACUGAACAAUCCAAGACUGCUAGCAGGAGUGACCGUGCCUUUGUCACUUUCUUGGCAGGGAACGGUGACUACGUCAAGGGUGUUGUGGGUUUGGCUAAAGGACUGAGGAAGGUCAAGUCCAUGUAUCCUCUUGUGGUUGCGGUCUUGCCCGAUGUUCCUGAAGAACACCGUCAGAUUCUUCACUCACAAGGUUGUAUUGUCAAAGACAUCGUGCCGGUUUACCCGCCGGAGAACCAGACCGUGUUUGCACAUGCCUAUUAUGUUAUUAAUUACUCCAAAUUACGUAUUUGGGAGUUUGUGGAGUACAGCAAGAUGGUAUAUCUAGAUGGUGACAUUCAGGUUUUCGGAAAUAUUGAUCAUCUGUUUGAUCUGCCUGAUAAUUAUUUUUAUGCGGUGAUGGAUUGUUUUUGUGAGAAGUCUUGGAGUCACACCCCUCAGUUUAAGAUUGGGUACUGCCAACAGUGCCCUGAUAAGGUUCAAUGGCCCUCUGAAUUUGGUCCCAAGCCUUCUCUAUAUUUCAACGCUGGCAUGUUUGUCUAUGAGCCUAGUCUGGACACGUGCAAUGAUCUCCUGAAAAAAGUUCAAGUCACUGAGCCUACUUCCUUUGCUGAGCAGGACUUUCUGAAUAUGUACUUCAGGGACAAGUACAAGCCCAUACCUAAUGUGUACAACCUUGUGCUGGCCAUGUUGUGGCGUCACCCUGAGAAUGUUGAAUUUGAAAAAGUUCAAGUGGCUCACUAUUGUGCUUUUGGGUCUAAGCCAUGGAGGUUCACUGGGAAGGAGGAGAACAUGGACAGAGAGGAUAUCAAGAAAUUGGUGGACAUGUGGUGGGAGAUAUAUGACGAUGAGACACUUGACUAUAAUAACACUGUCAAUGUGGAACAUUUCAAGGGGGCGCUUUUGGAAGCUGGUGGCGUUAAGUUUGUGCCCGCUCCAUCCGCUGCCUAAUUAUGCUUUGCUUAUAUACAGCAAUUAAGUUAGACAAGUACAUUGUCGUUAUUUACACUUUCCUUUUUGGGUCUUCUAAAGAAACGAGUAUGGCUGUAAUUUGGAUGACCUUCCCGUGUAGGGAGUCACAUAUCACAUAGCUUUUGAUUAUUAGGAUUUAGAGGACCUUUUUUUUUUUUUUUUUUGUGAGAGUCCGGUUUACUUUGUUUUCCUUGAUAACCCGUUAUGGGCUGUGGAUAUCAUCCCUAAUAGUGUUAAAUGGAUUAAAUGGAAAUUUUUAUUU